AUGGCACUUAAUAACAUCCUAUGCAACCCUACAACAGGCCUCCCACCCAUCUCAGAGGAUAUUCUUAUCUACUUCGUGACACACUUCUUUAAAUUCUUAAACCUUCAACAUUCCACUAUUAAACUAUACCUCAACGGUAUCCGCUUUAAGUACCUUCAGCAGAAUGUUCCGUCUCCUUUGGACAGCCUAGAAUCUAAACCCCUUCCUCGCUUGGCUCUUAUCCUCAAGUCCAUCAAACGAGAUCAAGGAUCAAACACUACAACUCGCCUACCAAUUACAGGAGAUAUUCUCCACAAGAUGUGUGCUUUUUUGAGGCGCGGUGUGUUCUCUCCAUUCACUGAUGUCAUGUUAGAAUGUGCGUGUACUAUAGCCUACUUUGGCUUCCUGCGUUGUCGAGAAUUUACUGCUGCGUUUGACUCAUCCAGACACCUGUGCGUAGGGGAUAUCACAACUUACGACAACAUGUGUACGUUAACCCUGAAAGAAUCAAAAACCGACCCUUUCCGCAAAGGCAUUACAAUUCAACUCCACAGAAUGCCACAGGACUUGUGCCCGGUGAAGAUCUUGAAGGAAUAUCUUGCACUACGACAUGGGAAAUCCCGACCUGUUCUACCAUCACAACCGAUGUUCAUCACAGACAGUAAUACUGCUUUGGACAGAGCACAGUUUAUUCAGUAUUGUAGACAAGUGUUAGCCAUUUGUGGAUACGACCCACUCAAGUACAAUGGACAUUCUUUCCGGAUAGGUUCUGCCACUAGUGCAGGUGCAGCAGGUGUGGAAGACCACCUUAUAAAGACAUUAGGGAGGUGGAGCUCCGACUGUUACUGUCGAUAUAUAAGAACUCAAAGUUUAAGUAUCGCGAAAGGACAGAGACAGCUACUGAUCCAUGAUCCAACAUCCUAG